AUGGAGUGUGGGACUAUGGAGAGCCCAUCUGGGCUCACCCAUACACCAGAAGAGUUGAGAAUGCAGUCCUUCUUGGCCCAGGAAGCGAGCUCUGCCUUGUCAGCACCUGACUGUACCACAAGCGUCAGGCACAAGCGUUAUGCUAGCCUUGUCAUGUCCAUCAUGAUGUUUAUCCUUGGCACGUUCGGAAAUGGGCUCGUCAUCUACAUGACAGGGUGCAAGAUGGAAAAGACCAUCAAUUCCGUGUGGUUUCUGAACCUGGCGUUGGCUGACUUUUUUUUCACAUUCAUGGCAAUGUUUGGCAUCAUCAGCGCCUCUCGUGAAUUUAUCUGGCCUUUCAGCGACUUCAUGUGCAAGUUUUAUGCUCUGAUCGGCGUAGUCAACAUGUACGCCAGCGUUUUCCUGCUGACAGCAAUGAGCCUGGACCGUUGCCUCUCCACCUGGGCAGUGCUGUGGGCCCACAGCAAUCGCACGCUGGCAAACUCCUGGGCCAUCUGUGGGUUAAUCUGGGUUGCAUCUGUGCUUUGCAGCGUCCCUUUCAUUACCAUACGUAAACUAAUCCCAGCCGGAAAUAGCAGUCUUUAUCAUUGCGCGUAUGACAUAAACGGUAAACUUCCCUUUUACAAGUCCCUUGUUUUUUCCCGUUUUGUGCUUGGAUUUCUGAUCCCCUUCCUGGUCAUUUCCUGCUCCUAUAUAGCCAUUGGGGAGAAGGUCAAGCACCGCCACAGAAAGAAAAAGUACAAAUCCUUGCGGGUAAUCCUAUCUGUGAUAUUGGCAUUCUUCUUUUGCUGGUUACCCUUUCAUAUAUUUCAGUUUAUAGAUGUGCAAAGGAGGGAGGAUGAGGAGAAAAAUAUUAAUUGGAAUCAGGACACACUAAGAACAUUAGUUAUUUUGCAUCCCCUGGUUCACAAUCUGGCCUUCUUCAACAGCUGUCUCAAUCCCAUUCUGUAUGUGUUCAUGUGUGAAGAGUUUCAGAAGAAGCUGAAACAGUCCCUACUGGUGGUGUUGGAGAGUGCCUUUACCGAGGAGAAUAUGGCCUUUUUUUCGACUCAGCUCUCCACCAACUCCUGCCUUUCGUCUCGCAGAGAGAAAGGACACCCUCGUCCUUCUGUCGGAAAAAGUGACAUUUAUUGA